CAGGUGAAGGUGGAUCCCCCGCGCGACGAGACGAGGCCCGCAACUGCUCCGCUACCGAGCUCCGUCACGAGGCGAAAGGCGAACUCUGUCCCCGCUGUUAUUCCCGUCCUGUCGCCAGGAGAUGAUCCCGAGCUGCCUCAGGAACGUCGCCGCGCAGUCGUCACGGCGAAACGUGGCCUCGUUUUUCUCGAGCAAGAAAAAUAAUUAUGCUACCGAGGCCUCCUUCGAGACCAAGCCCUUUCGCCUGCACAAACUGGACCACGGCCCGUCCACUCAGGUGACGGUGACUCGGGACGACGCUAUCGCGAUGUUCAAGCAGCUGCACACGAUACGUCGUAUGGAGACCGCUGCCGGCAACUUGUACAAAGAGAAGAUCAUUCGGGGCUUCUGUCACUUAUACUCCGGACAAGAAGCUUGCGCGGUUGGCAUGAAGGCCGCGAUGAGGUCUCAGGACGCUGUAAUCACGGCUUACCGCGCACACGGAUGGACUUACUUGAUGGGCAUAGACGUGUUUGGCGUCUUCGCGGAACUCACAGGCAGACAAGGCGGCAGCGCCAAAGGCAAGGGCGGUUCCAUGCACAUGUAUUCUAAAAACUUCUACGGAGGGAACGGCAUCGUUGGCGCUCAGGUGCCUCUGGGAGUCGGGAUCGCCUUUGCACAAAAGUACUUGAACAACGGCGGUGUUUGCCUAACGUUGUACGGCGACGGCGCGGCCAAUCAAGGGCAGGUGUUCGAGGCGUACAACAUGGCCAAACUGUGGGACGUACCUUGCAUCUUCGUCUGCGAGAACAACGGAUAUGGGAUGGGCACCAGCGUGGAACGCGCCGCGGCAAGCACGGAAUACUACACGAGAGGCGACUAUAUUCCUGGAAUAUGGGUGGACGGAAUGGACGUGCUGGCCGUGAGGGAAGCUACGAGAUUCGCUAUCGAUCACUGCACGUCGGGUAAGGGGCCGAUGGUCAUGGAAACUGUGACGUACAGGUACAGCGGACACAGCAUGUCGGAUCCCGGGACCAGUUAUCGUACGCGAGAAGAGGUGCAGGAGGUCCGGCAGACUCGGGAUCCCCUGACCAGCUUCAAGGAGAGAAUCUUGAAUGCCAAUCUCGUCACUGCGGACGAAAUUAAAACAAUAGAGGGCGAAAUCAGGAAGUCGGUGGACGACGCCAUGAAAGCUGCCAAGAACGACAAGGAGAUCCCAUUGAGCGAACUGACCGCCGAUAUUUAUACCAAUUGUUUAGAGAAAGGCAUUCGAAAUACGACACCCUUCAAUCCCCUAUCGCACGCCCGACUCGGGCCAGCCGUGAACGCUUAAAACUUGCUCAACGAUCGUUUCGUAAAAUAUUAUAUAUUUUACAGUCACACGCCACAUCCUCAAUGUUCAUAGACCUACAGAUUAGUUGUAUAGAGAUGUACAGAACCGCACACGAUUCUUCAAUUUGAAGAUGUAUAUUAUUUCGUUGAAGGAGAACUGAUAUUGCCGAGAUUAAUUCGGGCGCGACCGUUGAGCACCGACGUCGGUCUCAAUGCUGCGCGCGCGUAACCUCUCGCGUUGCAAUAAUAAGACGAGCCGGAGAGGAUUCGUUUUCUUGAUAAUUUGGGAAUUAAAUUCGCAGCCUAAUUUAUUCUCGGUACGAGGUUAUCACGAAGAUGGACUUUCUUACGAUAUAACGUGCGCCUAAAAUCUGAGCCGUUUGUUGAUAUGUUAAUAAAAAGCUAAAUCUGUAAAAAAAACCAAUAAAAAUUUCUUUGUUACAAAA